AUGGCGUAUUCUAUGGCUUUCCCACCCACGUCCAUGCGGCCUCUGCCCGGUGGCACCACGCUCGUAUCGGCACAGCAACCAGUUCCAGCAGCUGCUGCCGUCAUGACCACCGAGUCCUUUGACGCUCCUGAAGGCAUGUACGUCUGCACCUCACGAUUUACACCGCCGCCGCAACCCAUGAUUCAUCUCAAUCCUGUGCCUACCACCCAACUCGGUUUGUCAGCCAUCUAUCCGACACCUCGCGUCUCCAGCGUCAGCCUUCGAUAUCCAGCCUCAUCCAAAAAGGCAUCCGAUUCUAUUACGGCUGAAUUGGCCGCAGCUCCCUCCCACAAUGUCCUGCUUGAAGCACCACUCGCGUCUCAAGGCAUCGAUGCCCCCUCCUCCAGCCUUACUGGAGGUUAUCCGCCAGGCACUGCUGGUUCCUCUGCAGGCAUUGCUGGCAUUGGCGGCGCCGGAAUGGGCUUUUCAGGGCUGGGUGAGACCAUGGGUAAACUCAGCGCCAAACCCACCCGUCCCAAGAACAGCCUUAAAAGCACCUCGAGCAACUUUGUCAAUCGUAUGAUGACUCACCCGGAUCUCGCAAAGAUUCUCGCCGCUCGUACCGACUCGGAGCACUUCACCUUUCUCACCAAUGCUCGCUCCUUCUUCUGGCUCGCCGACACCACCGGCAGAACCAAAGAGAGUCUAGCGCGUAUCACUUUCAGUGCGUCUCCUUCAGCACACGACGUCAACCAAUUCACUCGCGCACACGACCGUCUCGACAUUGUCAUUGGCUUUGUCACUGGCGAUUUGAUCUGGCUUGACCCCAUCGCUUCCAAGUAUACACGUAUCAACAAGAGCGGCUGCAUCACCAACUCGGCCGUCACUCAGCUGCGCUGGCUUCCCGGAAGCGAAAAUCUCAUCAUGGCUGCACAUGCAGAUGGUAGCGUUCUCAUCUACGACCGCGAACGAGAAGAUUCCAGCGAUUUCGCUCCUGCUACCUGGGAAGCUUUAGCCGCCAGCACUCCCUCGUCGUCCAGCGUCGCCCUUCAGUCGGCCAUAGCUGUACCAGGAACCCCCUCAUCCGCUGCCAUGUCGGCCAGCCAGACCUCCGCCUCCAACGACUCGUCUUCUUCCAACCCUGCUGCUUCGGCACUUGGGUCCGCCAUGUCCGAUUCGCGUCCCAUGCUCGGUGCUCGAACCGUCACGAGUUCAACCGCCACCACUACUACCCAGACCGAUAUUGCGGACACCAAUCUCUCCAUCGGCUCGAGCAGCGCCGCCAACCUUGUCAAGCCCAGAACCGGCCUUGCACCAGCCACGCUCUCUCAGCGACGUCAAGCCGCAGACCCUACUUCUGAAGGCCAGCCGCUGCUGGUCGUCACCAAGCCAGGUGCUGUCCCCAUCACAUCCGGCCUGCCAUCUGGUGCUGCGUUGCCCUCGCCCGAAUAUCAACAGGCAGCCGCCGCCGCGGCUGUUGCAGCGGCCAAUUCCAACUCGUACGGUAAUGGACUCUCUGGAAAGGGAAAAGAGACGUCGUGGUCGCGCCUCAACCCGGUCUCUCAUUGGGCCGUGUCCAAGACGCGCAUCACCGACUUUGCUUUUUCACCAGACUACUCGCAUGUUGCGCUUGUCGCAGAGGAUGGCAUUCUACGCAUCGCAGACGUCAACUCUGAACGCCUCCUAGACACGUUUGAAUCGUACUUUGGCGGCUUCAACUGUGUCGUCUGGUCGCCCGAUGGCAAAUUUGUACUCACGGGCGGCGAAGACGACUUGGUCACCGUGUGGGCGCCACGCGAGGGCCGCAUCGUCGCCAGAUGCCAGGGACACACCUCGUUUGUGACCGGUCUCGCAUGGGAUCCUUGGCGAUGGUCGUCGGACGAUCGCACCUAUCGAUUCGCUUCGGUGGGCGAAGACUGCAAAAUGAUUCUCUGGGAUUUUUCCAGCGCCGCGCUCAAUCGUCCCAAGACAUACGCGCCGCACCACGCGGGUCAUCGACGAAGUUCUGUCGGGCUGGGAUCGACGUAUUCACUCGCGGACAAGCAUGUUUGCUCAUCCAUUAUGCGCUCUCCUGCGUCGGUGCACACAGGUCGUCGCAUGAGUGCCAACAACGGCUCGGCGUCGUUGACGCCCGCGACCGUGACCGACGAUACCAUUCGACAUGCAGCACUGCCACGUUCCGAAGUAGCCAUCUUGCAGCCCGUUGUUACCGUCAACAUUGACGGCGAGAUUCCAGCCGGCGUCCGAUUUGCGCCGGACAAAGUUAGCAUUAUUCGUAAGAACGCUGCGAUCGACACCUUUACUCGUCCUCUCCCCGAACGCCCGGCCAGCGUCGUUGCCUCGGCAUCGGCGGGAACGCAUCGAGCUUCAUUGCCGGCAGGGGCACGUACGAACCGUCAACCGCCCGCAUCUCAAGCGUCGCGUGCACCUCCUCCGCCCCUGAACCUUGCUGUGAGCGCGGCCAUGUCGGCUCAAUCUCAACAGUCUUUGGCAGCUAGUCCGACCACUCCAAGGCACGCCAUGCCGAGUAGCACAUCUGCAGCCAAAAAUGGCAUCACUGCCUAA